AUGCGGACCUUCAGUAGCCUAACGGCGACUCGUCGUGUGAUACGGCGCUUGCGCGUGGUUUUACCAUCGAUCAAUAAUGAUCGUCAUCUGGCGACUGAGGCAUUUGUAUCACGUCACUAUCAAAUGCGAGAACCAAGAGAUGUGGCCGAUUUCUUAAAGCGCAAGAAUUUGGUAAUGCGCGAGACAGACUCACACUUCGUCGUGCGGGAUUGCCCCUUCUGCCACGCCACUCACAAUAAAUUUGGCAAUCUGUUUAAGAUGUACGUGCACAAGGCGCAAGGUGUGUAUAAGUGCCACCGUUGUGGCGCUGCUGGAAGCUGGUUCGAUUUCAAGCGCAAGUUGCGUGGGAGCGUAGAAAUUGCUUCCUCGACUGGUGUGCUUCAUGGGGGCAACAACGCCGAAACAUCCGCCGAUGUGAAGGUUAUUCAGGCUUUGGACAACGAAAAAGCAAUGGCUAUUCAAAAGAACCUGGUGGAUGAUCCUGAGUUUGAGCCUGUAUUAAAGUAUCUGACCGACAUUCGCGGUCUUACGAAAGGAGUGUUGCAAACGUACUGCGUUGGGGCAAUUGAACAGCCAUUUUGGGACCACGAUAGCGGUGAACGCGUUACUGCGCAGUGUAUCUCAUUUCCGUGGAUGGCCCAACAGAGGGACUUGGACGCUAUGGGCGUUGUAUGCCAUGACGAAAGAAAAUCGGCAGUAGAGGACAAAAACUUGUAUGAGGUGUUUCGACUAAAGCUACGUGCUGUGGAUGAUAAGGCCAAACAGCAACUUGUACCAAAGGGCGGUAGCUGGGGACUUUUUGGCUGGAAUACUGUUCCUACUGCUGCGCAUGAGCUGGUACUUACUGAAGGGGAAUUUGACGCGCUGGCUGUGCACCAAGCAACAGGAAUGGCUGCAGUAUCUCUUCCUAAUGGCUGUCAGUCCCUUCCACCGAGUGUGUUACCUUUGUUAGAGCGAUUUGAGCGCAUCUACUUAUGGAUGGACAAUGACGCUUCAGGCCAAGCAAAUGUAGAAAAGUUUGCGGCAAAGCUUGGCAUGGCUCGUUGCUACAUUGUUCGUAUGCCUGUGAAUGCAUCAUCAGCUUAUUUGAAAGAUGCAAAUGAUGCUCUGCGAGCUGGUUUAGACCUUUCAGCAAUCAUAAAUGCUGCUGAGCGGAUACCACACAGUCAGAUCACCUCGUUUCAAGAACUCCGCCGCGACGUGUAUGAGGAAAUUGUAAACCCACUGAAAGCUUGUGGCGUGCAGUCGCGCGCUUUCCCAUCACUAAAUCGGCUGAUGAAGGGCCACCGCAUGGGUGAAGUGACAGUUCUGACGGGUCCGACCGGUUGUGGUAAAACCACACUAUUGAGUCAACUAUCGUUGGACCUGUGUGGACAGGGUGUGAGCACGCUGUGGGGUUCGUUUGAAAUAAAAAAUACACGGUUGAUGCACAAAAUGCUUACGCAGCUUGCUCAGCGCAACUUGUCAGGUGAUGUGCAAGCUUUUGAGGCGACGGCUGAUCGGUUUGAGGCUCUGCCAAUGCAUUUUUUGCGAUUUUUUGGAAGUACUGAUGUGGAUGAAGUUCUGGACGCCAUGGAGUAUGCUGUGUACGCUCACGAUGUGCAGCAUAUUUUGUUGGACAAUGUGCAAUUUAUGAUGGCGGGGCAAGGUCGUGGGUAUGACAAAUUUGAGCGUCAGGAUGCAGCUUUGGACAAGUUUCGAAAAUUCGCUUCUGCUAAAAAUGUGCAUCUUACGCUUGUGAUUCAUCCACGAAAAGAGGAAGAAGAUCAUGACCUAACGCUAUCUUCCGUUUUCGGUACAGCUAAAGCUACACAGGAAGCAGAUAACGUGCUUAUUUUACAACGCAAUCACGGGAAAUCCAAGCUUGAUAUCCGAAAAAACCGCUUUGAUGGCUCUUUAGGAUCGAUCCCUUUAAAAUUCAACCCACAAUCCGCUUCGCUGCUUGAAGUCAGCUCGGAAGGAAUGUCAGAAGGGGUUGCAGCUGUUGAUCUCGAGGCUGAGAUGGAACUUGCCCAAAAGCAAUGCAUGCAGAAGGACUGUGGUCCGCAUGAGUAUGCCCAUCCAUCGCCACUCCUGCUUUGA